GGGGCGCUCCCGCCAAAUGCAGGCCGCCAACCCCGCGGGGCGGUGUUAUCGCGAGAACUCGCGGCGGGCGCGCGGCUCCGGGCAGGCUGCCCUUCCCCGGCCGGCUUCGGCGGCACAGUGCGCAGGCGCGGCCGGCGGGUUUCCCCGGGCUACAGCCGCCGCCCGCUGCUCCGACGCUCUGCGCCAUGGCGGGCUGCGCGGCGCGGGCUCCGCCGGGCUCCGAGGCGCGCCUCAGCCUCGCCACCUUCCUGCUGGGGGCCUCGGUGCUCGCGCUGCCGCUGCUGACGCGCGCGGGCCUGCAGGGCCGCACCGGGCUGGCGCUCUACGUGGCCGGGCUCAACGCGUUGCUGCUGCUGCUCUACCGGCCGCCGCGCUACCAGCCAUCCGCGCUUGUUUCCUUGGCUUCGUCUUUGGCUGCGGAGUGCUGCUCAGUCUUAGCCAGUCUUCUUGGAAUCACUUUGGCUGGUACAUGUGCUCCCUGUCAUUAUUCCACUAUUCUGAAUACUUGGUGACCGCAGUCAAUAACCCCAAGAGUCUGUCCCUGGAUUCCUUCCUCCUGAAUCACAGUUUGGAGUAUACCGUAGCUGCCCUCUCUUCUUGGAUUGAGUUCACACUUGAAAAUAUCUUUUGGCCAGAACUGAAGCAGAUCACCUGGCUCAGUGCCACUGGCUUGCUGAUGGUGGUCUUUGGAGAAUGUCUGAGGAAAGCGGCCAUGUUCACAGCUGGUUCCAAUUUCAACCACGUGGUGCAGAAUGAAAAGUCAGACACGCACACCUUGGUGACGAGCGGCGUGUACGCUUGGUUCCGGCACCCGUCCUAUGUAGGGUGGUUUUACUGGAGUAUUGGAACCCAGGUGAUGCUUUGCAACCCAAUCUGUGGUGUGGGCUAUGCUCUGACAGUUUGGCGGUUUUUCCGAGAUCGAAUAGAAGAAGAAGAAAUCUCACUAAUUCACUUUUUUGGAGAGGAGUACCUGGAGUAUAAAAAGAGGGUGCCCACAGGCCUGCCUUUCAUAAAGGGAGUCAAGGUGGAGCUAUGACGGGGGGCCACAGGGCCCCUGACUCUGUGCAGCCUGGGAAGAGACUGCCCCCAGUCAGCCACUCUGGGGUGGAUUUUCUCAACCUUUUUCUAUGUUAUCAGUUACUCUUCUGGAAUGUCACUUGAGACUGAGUGGUCAGCAGGCCUUAGGACACAGGGCCCAACAGAGCCGAUUCUUCUCGUGCUGCGUCAAGGUAGGAUGCAGAUUAAAGCUGAACAAGGAGCAAACAAGAGCAAUAUUCAACAGUGCCCCUUCAGAGCCGACCCGGCGGGGAACCAGGCAGCCCCAGGCCCCACGAGGAGAGGAGUGGGCAGAGGUGGGCUCACAGCUUGUUAGCAUUAGAAAUACAUUUAAAAUCUCUGAAUUAACAAAAACCAACAGCACAGCUUUAACCUCUUUAUUUCUGUCCUGACAUGCAUAAUCAUCUAUACAAAUUUAAAGAUACUUCCUUCUAGGAUGCUUUGGCUUUUCCCAUAUUUACUCGUAUUUACAUUUCUAUUUUUUUAUAAUGGCAGUGUCAGUUCAAAGGGGGCUCAUUUGAAAAGUGUUUUUUUAGCUCCAGCUUUUAUUUGGCAGCAAGUAAGCAUAGAACACCUUAAGGCAGUUUGCUGGUGUGGCCCUUGUUACAAGUUCCUGCCACACGGCAGCCCAGGCCAGGAGGAUGGGAGCUCCCUUCAGGCUUUCCUGGGAUGUUGGCUCCUGCUUUUUUCCCAAGAGGGGCCGUUACUAUACAGGUGUUUCAACGGCGUGUCCUUUUCCCCUCCUUGAACACGUAUCUUUUACUGACCGCCUGUUUGAUGUGAGGCCUUGUUAAAAGCCAAGAAAUGCUCCUCUCCGUUUAGUUGGGAUUUUAUUCUCAUUUUGCCAUAACUCAUAUUUUUGUGAUUCAAUUUAAAUCAGUUAACUACAUUUUCUAUAUUCUGUUCUCAAAAUUCUGUUAUCCCUAAUGCUGUUUCAAACUGUCUUUUUCAAAGGGGUUACAGCGUAUACAACUACAAAUUCAAGCAGAUCACCCCAUAACAGUAGUCUUACACAGAGGAAACGAUCCCAGCUGAGAUUCAGCCAGUGUUUUGUUUCAAGUUUGGGGAGUGUUGGCUUUAUGAGUCCAACAGAUGCGCUUUAAGAGGUGAGACACUCGCUCCACCCUGGAAUAGAUCAGGAGCUUGGGCUCCAUGUGGAAUCCUUCCGUUCCGUUCUGCGGUGGCGCUACCGAAGCAUGAAUGUGAAGGUGGCCUGGUCUCAUGGCCGCCACGAGGCUCGCGAGGAGCCGCUGAAACCUUUCUGUGCCUAGAUGUCCCCAUCUGUCAAAUGGGGCUGAUACCACCUACCUCACAGGGGUGUUGUGAGGAUUUAGAAGAGCAACGUCAGACGUUUCUAAUACUUGGACAAAAGAUAUGACAUCAUGCACCCUCUGCUGUGGAGCCAUCACAUGAAAGCAGGGAGGCGUAGGGUUAACUGUACCAGAUCCCUAAAAUGGAUGUUCCGAAGAGCAUUCUACAAACUCAGAAAUAUCACUUAUUUCUAGAUAUCAUUGCUUAAUCCGUUUUUUCAUUAUUAUAUAUAUGCCAAAGUGUUUUACGGGUUCAUUGAACAUUGGUGUGAACUUGCCGAUGUGGAACUGGACAGAUUGACCGCCUGCCCUCAGUGCCGUCUGGCGGUGGGACUCAGGAGGCUGGAGCCCCCCGCAGCGUGUCUUUGGAGUGAGCACUCCCCGGUAGCACAUUUACAGGUUCUACUUCUCUUUGGGAACUGAAGCUGAAUCAGUUCUAGACUUGUGUUAUAAACCAUGCUUAGCGAUGCAAACUCCCUUUAGGAUUGCAGACACAGAGGGUGUGGCUGGGGUGCUGGCAGCCAUCCCCAACUCUUUGAGGGGUUCUCUCCUGCAUCCAGCAGGGUUGCACCGACCUGCAUUCCCCCUUAGGGCUGGGGUCUUUUUGAUUGACAGAGACCAGCUGAUAAGCAGCCCCUUGUUUUGAGGUGGUAACCUUGGGGGUGUUGACAUCUGACGAUCUGUACCUCCCUCACCCAUCAGAGUCCAGGCAGCUCACCUUCAUACCAGGCCCGUGGGCUCACCUGAGCCCAGAAGGCAGGUCUGCGUGUUUCCCAGUGAGGUGCUGCUGGCCCACCACCUGGAACUCGAUGUUUUAUUCUGCUCUGCUUUAGUGAGUAAUUCCAUGGGGGAAGGUGGGGAGGGGGCAUGCAACCCUAAUCUGCAAGCCCAGGGCAGAAGCCACCAAUUAUUUGGGGAUAAAAGAUGAAAUAUCUAAGGGCUGGGAUUCAGCAAGCGAUUGCCUUUCAUCUCCUACUGUGAUCUUCAGAUUAUUUUUAACUUUAUAAAUUUAGCAGAGACAGCAUGCAGCAGAGAAUCAGGUUAAUGAGGCAGUGGCUUGUCAGGUAGUCACUGUAAGGGCUGUACCACCAGUUUCCUCAAAUUAAGAAGCUGUCGGGAGAUUCCUUCUUCCAUUGCCGGUUUUAAAUGGAGAGUCGUAAAUGGAAACGGGUACUGCACAGACCAAAGCUACUCUGAAACAGCAUAAAAUGAAACACUUCAUGGGGAUUUGCAGGUUGAUGCUGAGCUGGGCAGUUUAUAGAGGGGAGUGGGAUGAGUCUCGGCAGGAAGAAAGCAGAGCGCAGUGUACCCAACCACCCCUUGGUAGGAAUUGUUUCUAAAGCCUCAAAAAGGAACUUUAUUAAGCCCUUCCACUUAUUUAUAACAAUGAGAACUGACAUGAUAGGUGAAAGUAUUCCUAAAUCACUAAGCUCUUUUGAUAUCUUAGGCUCAAUAAGGUCUCAGCCACCACUCAUUGGGUGGCAGUCCUCUACAGUAGGUACAGAAAACCACUCCCUGCUCUGCACUUCUUACUGCCUUUGAUAGUCGUGACAUCCCACUGCCUUUUGCUUUUGUAGUGGUUUGGCAAAAUCAGAAGCCCUCAGCAUCUCUGUCAUUGCGGGAAACACUUCUCUUUGUGCUUGUUGCCUUGUGGGAUUGGAAGACCCAACCGUCCCGAGGGGCCCCAAGCACUGGUUCUCAAGGGAGACCGUCCCCUAGCAAGGAAAGUCACUUAGUGGAGUCAUUAUACUAUUCUCUUUUUACAUGCAGAAAUGUUUAAAUACUUAAAAUUGGAUUUUUCUUUCACAGAUACCGAUUAUCCUUUCCCAUGAAAUAAAACUACUUGAUUUCACGAUGAACAA